UUAUUUUUCCUCUAUUUGUGCUAGCAGGGUUUUGUGUUCGAAGUGUGAGAAAUGAUUCGUCCGGGAACAUGCACUCCUCCAAAAAUGCAUUCCAAUGGAAGGAAUCUGGGCACUGUGACCCCGCCGUUGCUUCGGAGUUCUUUUGGAGAUGAAACGCUUGGAGAUUCAUGGGUGGACAUGUCUCAGAAUGCAGCACUGAGCUCCAGCAACCACAGCAUGCACACUGCCGGGAUCAUCACUCCACCCGUGUAUGCUGUGUCUGAAGAGUACCUGAAGCUUUUGAGAGAUGCUCAACGCGAAAGUAACCAGUCCUCUGCUUUGGUCUCUCUCGCAUCGUCCCGCAGAGACAGUCUUCAUGGCUCGACGACGUUUCUCGUGAUUGGAUCUGGGAUUGGAGCAGUCGUCCGAAUGUCGAACCAUCAAAUCGGACCUGGAAUGGAAAUUGAAGCAUUCACGGAAACGGGGACUCAGCAUCAGGAAUGCCAAGGUCGGCAAGCAGUCAUUGUUCUCCAAGGAAGUCCUGUACACGUUGAUGCUUACGAACAUACUGUCGGUGUUCAUUGGCGCUUCGUUUGGUCUGUGGCUGAGUCGUCGCAGAUAGCUGUGGCUGAGUCGUCGCAGCAAGUACCUGGCGACGGUGGAGCUGAUGUGAGACACGGGAAAGGAGAAGUGUCGACAGUUUUCUUUCUUUCUUUCUCUUCAAGAGUCGAAUGAGUGGGAUCAAGUGGAGGGCGCCACCAUUUUCUGAAAGCUGUCGAGCCAGUAUUGGAACUUGGAUCUUUCCUCCUGAGUUGUAUCAUCAUCAUCAUCAUCUUCUUUUUUUUUAGCUUUCGUAAAUCUCUCUUGGUGGAGGAGGCAGGGAAACAGGAGAAGAAAAAAAUAACUGUGGGGGUUAUAUUUUUGCCUAUCUUUCGUGUCCUUUUUCCCCGUGGUGGAAACAAAUUUACUUUUGUACUCUAUUCAAGCCCUCGCUUUUGAUUUUGAGGCAUUCGACUUGAUGGCUUUUUGGCGCGUUGCUUUUUGGCUUUUUUUUUGUGUGGUAACUGAGGACCUCUUUCAAGUUCGAUGUGGCUUUUUUUUGUGUGUUUUGGCGAAAGAUCUGGUGCGGGAUUCUUGGGUGGUACAAAAGGAAAAAUAAUUUUAAAUAAGCCCUUGGGCUAUUUUGUGGCUUUGGGAACACAUUUUUGAGUUCUACUCUCGAUAGAUAUUAAAUCAAGGCAUCUUAGUACCGUAUGCAGAUGCGGAAAUUCUAGUGUUUUUUUUUUUUUUUUUCGAAUAUAUGUGAUUGAACGUAAGGCUCUUUGUGUUCCCAGCCACAUAAAAUAGCAUUACAACAAAAAAACAAUUGCCUUACGUGGGCUGGUGUAAAAAAAAAAACUUUAGACUAGAUAUGGUGUAUAGACUCGGUAAGAAGGGUAACAAAUACGGUUCUUUUUUUUUUUUUGAAGAAAAAAAAAACAAAUCCUUGUCAAGCUUUGGAAGAAUUCAUACUCGGCUUAAACAAAGUAACUUGUAUUGCCUGAGAUCAAUUUGUGUCUGUGAUUUUUGAUUCGAUGAGUGACUGCGAUUCGCGUUUGUUUUCUCUCGAAUUUUUUUUUUUUCGGAUGGAAACAAAAUCAGUUUUUAUCUUGAAUGUGGUUAAACAUAGACGUGGAAAAUUACAAGAAAAAAAAUCAUGGGUAUUCAAA